UUUACAAAUGUGAAACAUAUGAAAUAAAAUUAGUUGUCUGUUUCGGUUCAUAUCUCUAAUUGAUUUAACGAGAAACAAAUUUUUAAUUGUAGAAUAUAAUACGGAUUAAAAACGUCAUGUAUGCUUGGAAUGCAUUCAAUUUUAAAUCACUCAAGCCAUCAAGUUUAACUAGGCUGUCUUUCAUUCGAAAAUUUUCGUCACACAAAUCUUAUGUUGAAAAAUUGAACAGAAGAGCAAUUUUAAAACUCUCUGGACCAGAUACUACCAAUUACUUGCAAAGCAUGAUUACAAAUGAUAUCAACAAAAUUGCAGAACUUCCUAGUCUUUAUUCACUGCUUUUAAAUCCUAAAGGAAGAGUUUUAUAUGAUAGUAUUCUUUAUAAAAUGUCGGCUGAAGAGUAUUUAGUUGAAUAUGAUUGUACUGGAGUGGAAUAUAUGCAGAAGCAUUUAGUUAUGUAUCGAUUGCGGAAAAAUGUAAAAAUACAUCCCAAUACUGAUGUUAUAGCUUGGGUUAUAUAUCCUGAACGAAAUGACGAAACAGUUUUAAGUGAUUUAUCUAACAUAAUUUUAGAGCUGACUAAAUGUGAUGGUGUGGUGGCAGCAGUAGAAGACCCUCGAACGAAACUUUUAGGUUUUCGUAUUUUGACAAAAAAAGACAUUGAUUUCCCCAAGCUUUUGAGUGAAAAGUUUAAUAUAAUCGAAGGAAAUAAGUACACACAAUUACGUUACUCGUUAGGUAUAGGAGAAGGUGUCACAGACCAUCCUCCUGGUAAUUGUUUGCCAUUUGAAACCAAUGUUGAUUACUUAAAUGGUGUAAGUUUUUCAAAAGGUUGCUAUAUUGGUCAGGAAUUAAUUGCGAGAUCGCAAUUUGUUCUUAAUGUUAGAAAAAGACUUUUGCCUGUAACUUUACCAUUACAAAGUUCAUAUCCUGUUUUUCCUCCUGAAUGUACAAUACUCAAUGAAAAACAAGAGAAAAUUGGUCGCUUACGAAGUUGUUAUGAACAAUAUGGUCUUGCAUUACUUAAAAGUGAUGAAUGUUUUAAAUCACAAUAUUUAUUGUUAAAAGGUUUUGAUAUGAAGCUUAAAUGUUCAAAGCCUACCUGGUGGCCUGCUAGUAAUGAAUAAAA